UCUUCCAUACGAGCACGAGCGGCGGUGGAGUGGAGCUGCGACAGGUCGAGAGUUGUGAGGCGGCAGGAGGAGAAGCGCGGGGCGGCGGGAGGUAGCGACAGCGAUGGCGGCGAAGGAAUGACAAGUUUGAAAGUGUGUGUUACACCGGAAAAAAAAAGUCGACUGGCUGUCCGGAACAAAAGCCCCUUUACUGAAGAUGUCCACUGCCUGCUUGGUCUAAAACAAUGCCCCGGAGAAACUCAGGACCUUUAUGGCUUCGUCCGAGUAGGAUAAACCUCCUCAGCUCCAGACAUUAACCCCAAUCAGGAUCCGCGUUUCCACUCCUUCAGAUCACAAGGGACCGUGUGUGGAAAAAUGAUCAAAACCGAGAGCAAAGGCGAGAGGACUCUGAGGAGCGCAUCUCCUCACAGAAACGCAUACAAGACGGACUUCCACGCCAUCAAGUGCUCCUUUGACGGAAACAAAUCCGACAUUGCGUCCAAGUCCUGUGCUAACGGCUCCUCCACUGAGCCUCGCGAGGACAUCACCAGGGGACGAAACUUUGGCAACCGGGUCAACAAGAUCAAGAACAUUUUUCUACAGUUGGACAGCCAGCAACAGCAGGAGAAUCAGGAUGGAAAAGCCACCGUGAAGGCUGAUGCACCUCAGAUCUCCUCGCCAGUGAAAUUCCCAGUUAGUGGCACGCACAAAACCAGUCCAACCAACUUGGAUCCCCAGAGUGACAGGACCCCAAAAGGGGAGGACAAUGAGAUCGACAAAGCAGCUUUGGCAGAGAAGUUUUCUGUAACUAGAAAACUGUUUGAGAGGGGUCUAAAGGAACAGACUACAGUAGAGAAACAAACCCCAGGCAGGGCCUCUGGACGCCUCUCCCAAGGUAAUGUGUGUGAAGAAAAGAGAACGAGCAGGAAACCUGUAGGGUCCUCUGAAAAUAGCAACAACAGCGUUAUUAAAACAGAUCGCAGCCCUGCCUCGCCGGAAAGCAAGGACGCUGAGGUCAAUCGAUUAUUAAAUGCAGGACCUAUAUCGAGAAGACUAGAGAAUUUCAUGGCAGAUAGCGAUCACGAAGAAUCACUAAAAACGUCCGCUAAAACACCAGAGAAGGUGUGUAGCCCUGCAGAAAGAUCAGGACCCGUGUCUCCUUUACGAGACGCUGCGCACAAACCGACUUCACCUUUUAAUGACCACUUCCAGAAACCAACUUCCCCCGAUAAUCAUUCCAAACCAAUUCACUCUCCAACUUCACCAACCAGUGACUUGGCAUCAAAAUCUAGCUCAUCAGCCUCUCAAGCAUCUUCUAAGCCCACCUCCCCGACCACAAAAGGCAGCGAUGAGCCCUGCGUCCUUGCUUCCAGACAUCCGUCCUCAUCAGUCGAUGGUUUUAAUAAAUCUUGCACAGGCACUGAGGAAACCAAACCCACCACUGUUUCUCCUAGGGACCAAAAGUCUUCAGCUUUUAUCAGCAGUUUUUACAACAGAGUCAAAGGUCCAGAGGCGGCUAGGCGUGAGUCCAGUACAUUGCGGAGUUUGUCUGAAGACACGUUACCUCCUCAGUCCCCGCCAAACUUGGAUCCUACUGGGGCAGGAGUGGUCCGUGCAGAGCUAGUCAGGGUCCAGGAUGAAUCGUCCGAAAGCGAGGAGAACGAGGAGGACUCUGUAUUUGAGGAACUAAAGCUGAAAAGGGAGCUCAGUCCUGAUAUUCCGAGAGGAGGUCGGACCAGAGCUUCAAUUCCAUCAUCUCAAGAUGACCUUCAGAAGAUCACAGAAGUCAAGCAGCAGGAAAAGGCAGUUUCUCAGUCACAGGCUGGACAGCUAGAGGAACAGAGAACGGAGCUGGCAAAGCAGGAGAGUGACGAACAGUGUGAUGAUGAUGAAGAGGAAGGGAGCGAGCAAGAUGAUCAGGAUGAAUAUGGAAAGAUGUCGCCAGUGUUUUAUAGCUUUGAAAAUGCAGCAUUUGUGGAUGAUAAGGACACAGGCUCUGCUCAGAAGGAAGAAGAAGAGGAGGAGGAGGACGAUGACGACGACGAAGAGGAGGAUGAUCAGGAUUAUGAGGAGUAUGAUGAAAUUGCUGGUCUCUCAGAGGAUGAAGAAUGUUCACCCAGAAGGAAGAUCUGCUUCUCUAGUGCACCGAUACGGGUCUAUACCACAUACUCAAAUGAAGACUAUGACCGACGCAAUGACGAGGUGGAUCCUGUGGCAGCUUCUGCGGAGUACGAGCUGGAGAAGCGUGUGGAGAAGAUGGAUGUCUUUCCAGUGGAGAUGGAGAAAGGUGAUAAUGGGUUGGGCAUCAGCAUCAUAGGCAUGGGGGUGGGAGCUGAUCAGGGUCUGGAAAAACUCGGCAUCUUUGUGAAGACCAUCACAGAAGGAGGAGCGGCUGAGAGAGAUGGCAGGAUCCAAGUGAACGAUCAGAUUGUAGAAGUCGAUGGUAUCAGUUUGGUAGGAGUGACCCAGCUGUUUGCUGCUACGGUGCUGAAGAACACAAAGGGAACAGUUCGCUUCCUGAUUGGUCGGGAGAAACCAGGGACCCAGAGUGAGGUGGCCCGGCUGAUCAGUGAGACGCUGGAGCAGGAGAGACACCAGCAGCAGCAGAGACUUGAGGAUCCGUAUGAACAGUCCACAGAGGAGGAUGAACACUAUGAGGAGGACGAAGGAGACGAAGAUGGGAUUGUAAGCUCAAGUUUUGGAAGGAGGUCUGUGGAGCUGUAUGAUUUGCCUGAGAAUGAAAGGAUGUUCCUGCCAUCAAAUAUGGAUGCCACUCAGCUCAGCUUCAAAUUUAAAGAGCUCCAGAUAAAACACAGCAUAGCCGAAACUGAAGUCGAUCAACUCAAAGAAAAGCUGAAGGAGUCUGAGAAGGCGCGAACAGCAUGGGAGGAACGGCAGGAGCAGCUGGAGAAAUGUAUUGAGGAGAAUUCUGAAAGAAUCAACUAUAUGGAAAAGAACUGGCUGGAUGCUCAGGCUCUCUGCAAAGCUCUCAACGAGCAACUCUCAGACUCUCAGAGCCAGGUUGAAGCUUUGGACAAGAAAUACAGCAAAGCCAAGAAACUGCUCAAGGAACACCAGCAAAAAGAAUCAGAGUUUGUGAAGCGGGAGGAGGAACUGAAGAAGAUUCUGGAGGAGAAGGAAAGCUGUUAUAAAGCCCAGCUAGAGAACUUGCAGAAGAGGGUCGAGGCUCUGGAGUCCGAAACCAAGCCUCAGGACCCUGCAGCAGAAAGCUGCAGUGAAGGGUCUAUGGAUUUAGACAAUAAACCUGUAGACUCGCUUCUACUAGAUACUGACUGGAAUGAAGUUGUGCCAGAGACUAAGCUUUUGGACACUAGUGCCCAUCGGGCCAAAGGCCUGCUAGCCCAGAAGUCCAAACGGCAGCCACCAUCUCGCAGUAAACUCAGAGAGACUAGCAACUCGCCAGCAUGCCUUCCUCAGGCUGAAGAAGAGGAGUCUCAGGGUCCUCCGCAUCGUAGGAGGUCACUACAGGAUAGUCUGUCCAUGCCACUGUCCAGCUCUCAGCCAUCUAAUAGCCAGAAAGAGGAACCUGGCACUGCCCAGGCUCUGGGCACCUCCAGAAGCACCAUGGAGCUCUCCAUCCCUCAGUCUUCCACUGGAACCAGUACAGAGAGCCCCUCCAUUUCCCUAACAAAAGACUCUUCCUCCUCUGGCUUUCUCCGAAAUGUCAAGAAGAGAGAGUCCAAAGGAAAAGGCAAAGAGGUUAAAGAAGACUCCAGUGAUGGAGCAGGAAAAUCUAAAAGGCGAUUUCCUGAUUUUGGUGGUCUCAGGAAGUCUGGUGGGAAAGGCAAGAAACAUGACAAAGAAGCAAUGAGAGCGUCACUGGACAGCAGAGGCUCAGCAGAGCUGCUGGAAGAGUCGGGGCCAAACAUCUCGCCCUCGGAGUCCUUGGCGUCCAUCCCUACUUGCAUGCCUUUCUCGUGGUUCAGUGAUAAGGACAAAGAGAGAGACAAAGAGCCUUCGUCUUCUACCAGCAGUCUCCCUCAAACUGCAGCAGAACCCACUGAACAGCAGGACGGCAAGAACAAGACAAAUCUUUCCUGGUCCUCUCUGUUCACUCGAUCUUUAGAUUUGAGCAUGUCAGUGCUAGAUGAUUCAAAACCGGACAGUCCGAGUUCAGAGUUAGCAGGGCUAGUGGCAGAGCCCAACCUGUCAGGCCGAGCUCACACUUUAAUCUUCUCUUCCAGUGAGAUGCUGGAAAAUGAGCCUUGCUCACUGGGGAAAGACUACCAGUGGCAGAAUCGACCAGUCUCUGAGUGGACAACUCAGCAGGUGUGCCAUUGGCUGAUGGGCAUGAACAUGGACCAGUACACUCCUGAGUUUACAGUGCAGGGGGUUGAUGGACUGCAGCUGAUGAAUCUGGACAGUGACAGGCUAAAAGUGCUUGGAGUGUCUAGCCAAACUGACCGUGCCUUAAUUAAGAAGAAGCUGAAGGACAUGAAAAAAGCCCAGGAGAAACUGGAAAAACAGCGUGAGAAACGUGACAAAGAAGCAAGACGAAGCGGGAGACUGCCAGGCAACAAUGACUCUAUCUGCUGAGGCCACCCUCCUCUCUUUCUAGGUCUCUUGCUCUCUUCCUCUUUAUUUCUACUUCUCCGAAGCAUUGACGCACACUGGUUUGUGUCAAGCAGGCAGCUGAUGACUCUUUGCUGUUUAAUUCUACAGUUAUGUGCAGGUGAGACAUGUUAAUGCAGUCAAUAUGGCAAUGUAAAGUCAAUCCAUCAUUAAUUAGUAGGAACUAAUGUGCAGAGCAGGUGUAUAUUAGGUCUGUCUCUUGCCUGACCCUAACAUAAAAGAAGCACAGUUCAUAACAGAAAAUAGCAGAUUUAAGAAUUACCACACCGCCAAAUUCUUCAGCUGAUGCCUUAAACCUAAAGGGCUCCUUGUACAACUCUUGCCAAAUAUUAGACAAUUUCUUAAACAGGACUCUUAAAACACACUGACAAAACUGAGACCUAUCUUGGGCCAUGGUGCAUUGGUUAGAGAAACGUGUGGAGCAUCUACAGGAUUGUGAAUUCUCUGUGCUACCUUUAGCAGACCAAACUGAUUUUAUUGUAUUUUAUGUGCACAACAAAAGAAUAUUUCUUGACUCUUGUAUGGGAACAUCUUGUUCUCUUAAAAGUGCCUUUAAUUUUGGAACAAAUGUUUUUUUAAAACAUCUUUCAAUCUAUUUUUAAUAGUAAACCUGUCUCCUGUCCCCCUGUAUAAACCUUCUUUGCUGGAACUUUGUACAGUCUUUAAGUGAAAGCACUAUAUUUGUCUUAAGAGGCAAGUGGUGAUAUGGUUUUUAAAUGUACAAAUGAAAAUUUUAUACACGUUAACUUCAAAAGAAAAACAUUAUAGAUUAAAAUUUGACACAUUUUCUACUGAGUAGAAUAGCUCAUAGUGGAAGACCAUUUUGCGAUUUAUAAACAAAGUGAAAUUAUUUAGGUGCUGCAGCUUGUUUGGCUGCGUUGGUUAUGGUAAUACUUUUUCUAUCUUAAUUGACCAUCUGCUCAAGAUCUUAAAAGGUAAGCAAGGGUAUGGAGUUAAGACUUCAAAUUUCAGCUGGUUUUAAGAGGGGGGUAAAAGAGAGCGAGAAUGCUAAAUUUUGAUGUAAUAUGUGAUAAUUUUCACUUUUUAUUUGCAUCCUAUUGUCUUGAUCCCACCUGCUUUGAUUCCUCCUGAAUAUUAGUUGUACAAUUGACCAAGCCACACCACAGAGUUCCUGUAUAAAUGGACUUUAUUUCAAUACUGGACUUUGUCAGACCAUGAGGAAAGCCUAAUAGUUAUUUCUCUGGUACGAGUGUACAAGCUGCACCAAUAAAUUUUUCACUUUUU